UAAGAGUCUUACUUUUAUUUCCUCAGGUCAUUUUGAAUGGUAAAAUUAAGGCAUUCUGUGGAGGUUCCAUCAUUAAUGAAAAAUGGGUCGUAACUGCUGCCCACUGUAUUGAACCUGGUGAUAAAAUUGAGGUUGUAGCAGGUGAACAUGACAUUGAAAAGAAAGAAGAUACAGAACAAAGGCGAAAUGUGAUUCAAGUUAUUACUUAUCACAGCUACAAUGCAACUAUUAAUAAGUACAACCAUGACAUUGCUCUGCUGGAACUGGAUAAACCCUUAGUACUAAAUGACUAUGUAACACCUAUUUGCAUUGCCAACAGAGAAUAUACGAACAUCUUCCUCAGAUUUGGAUCUGGCUUUGUGAGUGGCUGGGGGAGACUCUUCAACAGAGGAAGACCAGCUUCAAUUCUUCAGUACCUUAGAGUUCCACUUGUUGACCGAGCCACGUGUCUUCGAUCCACAAAGUUCACCAUCCAUAAUAAUAUGUUCUGUGCUGGCUUCCAUGAUGGAGGUAGAGAUUCAUGUCAAGGAGAUAGUGGGGGACCUCAUGUUACUGAAGUGGAAGGGACCAGUUUCUUAACUGGAAUUAUUAGCUGGGGUGAAGAGUGUGCAAUGAAAGGCAAAUAUGGAAUAUAUACCAAGGUAUCCCGGUAUGUUAACUGGAUUAAGGAAAAAACAAAGCUCACUUAA